AUGAUGCUUCAACCCAAAAACCCCUACCCCACCUUGAAGGCCACCAUCACCAGCUUCACCGUACUGUUCUUGCUCCUCCUCACAUUCUUCUUCCCCACCACCAUUUCAUCUCUCUCCAUCAUAGGUCUCGACUCCUUCCUCACCCAACAAUCCCGUCUCGAUCCACAAGCCUUCAACGACUCCUUCCUUUCUCUCUCCUCUUCCGUCAAGAAAUCCCUAUCCCAACAAUCCUUUACUCAUGUCUCCUCUCUCAUCUCCUCCCUUCUUUCCCUGGAAAUCUCAGUUCCCGUCACCAUCAAGCUCGUCGGCUCUUUCUCCCCAAAUUCUCAGUCCCUCCUCUCUUCUUUCAUUUCAGCCACUCACUUCUCUGAUCAAUUCCAUGUCAUAAGCUCCUCCGACCCUCAUCAUCUCACCAUCAAACACUCCCUUCAUCUCGAUGUUUCUCCUUCUUCCUCCCUCGCUUCCUUAAUAUCCGAAUCAAUUCGCUUCGAGAUCGAACGAUCUGCCUCCAGCCUCCGACAUUCUCUUCACUCGGUUCCUUACUCCGUCGUCGAUCGAAUUGUUAAACAGGAUUUCGAGAAGGAGAAGCCCGUUCAAGGGGUUUAUAUUUACUUGCUCAAUUUGAAUCCUCAACUCAAGCCCUACGCCUACACGUAUGGGCUUGGGGACUCUUCCCCUGCUUUUACUAGGUGUUUGGGCAGUAUUUGGACUGGGAAGGAUCGGUACUUGUGGAUUGAUUUAGCUGCUGGACCGGUUGAUUACGGGCCUGCUUUGUCUGGUGAUGGUGUCCUGCCAAGGGGCGAGUUUCAUCCAUUGGCGGUCUUGCACGGCAGUCCCAAGUCUCAGCAAGCAUUGCUUGCGGAUUUGGCGUCUUUGGUUUGGAGUGCCUAUCAGGUUCUGUUGGUUCCUUCUUUGAGGAUUCCGGUUCCAUUUGAGAAUUCGCUUAUAGUGCAGUUCAUCCAUGUUCAUGGGUCUGAAGGUAAGGACAUGCAUGGUCUGGACUGGAAAUCGAUUGAGAGAACGUUUAUGGAUGAGGUUAAUGAUGGGGGUUUGUUGUUGGGGGAUCAGUCAUUGAGGUUUAGAACUUACGAAGUCAUGUUCUCGGAAUGUCCAAUCUGUUCAUUUGCAAUUUCACGCUCGAUGAAUUCAUACACUUCGAGGUUCUUGUUUGAGAAUUAUACAUUGAUAGUCAGCGAGUCUUUGGACUCGAAGCGUUUGCAUCAGAUACUAUCGGAUUCUGCGGAUCAAUUGAGGAGUGCCGCAGGAGUUCCGGAUGAGGAUUUCGGUAGGGUUCUUCCGGUGUAUAUUUUUGAUUUGGACAUCAAUAGGUUGAUGUUGCUUGAUCGGUACCACCAGUCGGUUGCUUUUAAUGAUAUGGUCAUUGCAGUGAGGACAAGGAGUACUCAGACGGUGGGUGAUUAUGGCUGUAAUGGCCGUCAUGUGAUCACGCAGACAAGGGAACUUGAGAGACCCCUUGUUGGCUCGAUUCUCCAGAGUAUGUGGGGAGUGUCACCAACCCAUCUGUUAUGGAGCCCCAGACAUAACAGCACUCUGGUGGAUUAUACCUGGAGUGUUGGCCAGACUCCAUUUGGGCCAUUUUCAGAGAUUUCAUCUUUGUCAUUCGUGCAGAAGGAUGCUGCCCGGAGAAAUGUCCUCCUGACAUCUCUGAAUUACAGUAUCACUAGUGCACUUGAGGUGCUUGAUUCAAUAUCUGCACAUGGUGCGGACAGAAACCUGCUAAAACAGAAUCAACAUGUUGAGUUCGUGCAAAGGUGGAAUUUGUUCAAGUACAAAUUGGAUAAAGCUGUUUCUGCACUAUCUCAUUUGGACUUUGAGAUGGCUUUAUAUUACUUGAGGUCUUCUGACCAUGACUUGUAUGCAAUCCACUCGCUUCUUUAUCAUGCAUCACAAGAACUGGAGGCCUCUCUUGUUUGCUUCAAGGAUCCUCCAUUUCCAUGGGCUUCAGUAUCAGUAGGUGGACUAUGUUUCUGUUCAAUCAUAUAUGUGUACUCCAAAAGAGAAAAGCUCUUUAAAAGCAAAAGAAAGCAGUUUUGAUUCAUCUAAAGAGUGAGUUUGUACCAAUUGGACAUUUUAUGACCAUGUCAUCUUGUAACAGAGGUAUAUUAUCAAUUAAAAAACAAGUACUUAGUUUGGUCAUUA